AUGACUCAACACAGAAGAAUUCUCGUCGUCUUGGUUGUGGCUGCAAGCCUGGUAAAUACUUUCGCAAUCGACUGGACCUUCUGGAACGACGACGAUGGCAGCUCGACACCAACCCCAGCUAAAGUAACAUCGCCAAGCUCAUCAGGAUCUUCAGACUUAUCUGCUACAGUAUCAAUAAUAGGAACAUCUGAGUCUUCUUCGUCACUCUACUUGUCUUUGGACGAGGCAAGCGCGAAAGCCCUGGUAUCAGCUACGUCGUCCAGCGCUGCCAUCGAUGCUUACACCGACAAACUGGAUUUAACAAUACCCAAAGUAACGGAGGCGACGAGCUCAGUAACCUCGGAAUAUCGAAAUUGGGUCGGGCCCCGACCCGUGUCUCCAGACGGUGCGUGCUACCGUGAAGCUCACAUCAUGGACACUUGUCCAACCAACUUUGACCGCAACGAGGCCACCAAUACAUGCUGGGCCGAGUGUCCAAUUGCCUACCCUGUAGAAUGUGGAAUGCAGUGUAUCCGUCAGAACGACGACUGCAUGAUGGACACACUCAACAAGAUCGGUGCCAUCGGAAACUCGGCUUUGGCUAUUGCUUCUGUUGGCGCCUUUCUGAAACUGUGGCAAGUGGCGGAGAGCGUGCGAUUCGCUUUCGACUGUGUCAACAUCAUGAUUGGCACGAUGAGAUCCAUUUUUCGUUAUAUCCGUAACAUCAAGACCACGGAUCCGACAGCCUCGACCGAAAAGAUUUUGAACAUUCUGUAUCAAUCGCACAACGUGGUCACAGAUUUACCGAUGGCUAUGUACCUUUGCUCGGGCAAACCUCCACCCCGGACGCUAGAUGUCUCCGGCCGCAUGCUUUCGACAAUCAACUGGAUCCUACUGAAUGCUAUUGGGUAUAAGGAAUCCCUCAUUUCGAGUUGGUCCCGGUUCAAGGCUUUCCUUAUUGGCGCCAACUUUACAGAAGCCGCGAACUCGAUCAACGAGACUGAGAUUGGCACAUUAAGUGACGCGAUGAAGUCCAAGUCAACCUGUGGAUACGAUCUGAGGUCACUGACCGAUCGUACGUGGCGAACCGUAAAUCAACUGAAAAUCGACAACCCCGGCAUCUCGGAAGACAAUCUGCGCCUGAAAAUGCAGGACACCCAACUUGUGAGGUCUGACAUCGCUAUCGUCACCAACAACUGCAUGGAGCAGUUGAUUGAGGAGUCCGACGAAGCAACAGCUUACAAGACGCGUGAAAAGAUUCGCACGGCUUUCAGUGGCAUGAUCGAAGAUCUCGUUUCGAAGGGUAAGAGCAAGAAUGGCUCCGACGAGGAUGGAAAUUACUUCAUGUACCAAGCAUUCGGAAAGGUUCUCAUCUCUAUCGCUGUCACCGGUUUCGAUAUGAUCGGAGUUAUGGGUCUUAUCGCAACGUACCUCCAGACAAUCUGUGGACCUACAAAUUUUAUGGGCGAAAUCGACGAUGGUACGGAUCCUAAGACGCUUGGCUUGACCAUGAUUCAACGGGCUUUUAAGAAUAGUACAAUGUCCUGGAAACGCAAAGGCGAUGGAGCAGUUAUCGUCGACUUCAAAAGCACAGACACGAAAGAUGUGACGGUGAAUAUCAUGUCUGGCGGUGACAAGAUAGAUGAAGUUGACGUCAAAGCUGGAGGCAGUGCCCAGUGGUUAUCCAAUGUCGCAAGAUUAGCUGGUAGGACAUUGUACAUGGAUCGCUGGCGUCCAGGCUUCCUGGGUCUUCCAGGCACAGGAGGAGGUUCCCUUCUUCUGUGGGUACCUCACGCAUCUGAAGGAGGUCAUCUAGAGCUACAGAACCUGCGAGACGCAAUGAACCUGCGCAAUCAAGCAGUCUGA